CCCCGCUUUCAGUGCAGGCUCCUGCCGUCCACUCCCACUCGAGUUGCAGGAUGUCGAUGACAGACUUGCUCAGCGCUGAGGACAUCAAGAAGGCGAUCGGAGCCUUUGCUGCUGUCGACUCCUUUGACCACAAAAAGUUCUUCCAAAUGGUCGGCCUCAAGAAAAAGAGUGCGGACGACCUGAAGAAGGUGUUCCACAUCCUGGAUAAGGACAAGAGCGGCUUCAUCGAGGAGGAUGAGCUGGGAUUCAUCCUAAAAAGCUUCUCCGCAGACGCCAGGGACCUGUCUGUGAAGGAGACCAAGACACUCAUGGCCGCUGGAGACAAGGACGGGGACGGCAAAAUUGGGGCUGAAGAGUUCUCCACUCUGGUGUCUGAAAGCUAAGAGGCGCUGCCGGCCGGGGCCUCCCCUCUGCCGCCCGGGACCUCCCCUCUGCCGCCCGGGGCCUCCCCCUCUGCCCCCGACACCCCGACUCGGCCGUCCUGUCCCCUCUGGAUUUUCUGUUGGGUUUAUUUAUGUUCUUUUUUACUCCCCCACCCGCUGUGGCUCUCAAAUGACACCGUUCUUCUGGAAAAUGCUCGAGAAACAAUAAAGGUCGUACCCGUGGGACUCCA